AUGAACCUAAUAACUCAGUGUAAGGUUCGUCAGGCAGAGAGAACAAGAUGGCAUGGACAUGGGUACACUGGAAUUUUGUCCAUCUAUGGAGUAAAUGACUCUCACCAAUGUCUCUCAAUACAGACCUACUUCCUCUGGGUCUCCGCUAAAGACUGCGUUCACGUCCACCUGAAUCUGACCCGGUGUGGUCUGAUGUUCACACUCACCACCAACCUGGCCAUCUGGAUGGCGGCCGUGGUGGAUGAAUCUGUGCACCAAUCCCACUCCUACAGCAGUUCUCACAGCAAUGCCAGCCACGCCUAUCUUGCCUCUGACCAGCGUGCGGGCAAUCCAGUUGGAGGAGACUCCUGCCUCUGCAGCACGGCCGUCUGCCAGAUCUUCCAGCAGGGGUACUUCUACCUCUAUCCCUUCAACAUCGAGUACAGCCUCUUCGCCUCCACCAUGCUGUACGUCAUGUGGAAGAAUGUGGGUAGAUCCCUGGCCUCCACCCCUGGCCACAGCCACACCCCAACCCCUCUCAGCCUCUUCCGGGAGACCUUUUUUGCUGGCCCGGUUCUGGGCCUGCUGCUCUUCGUGGUGGGACUGGCUGUCUUCAUCAUCUAUGAGGUUCAAGUGAGCGGGGGCGGGGGCCGCACCCAGCAGGCCCUGGUCAUCUACUACAGCUUCAACAUUGUCUGCUUGGGACUCACGACCUUGGUCAGCCUGAGUGGCUCCAUCAUCUACCGUUUUGACCGCCGGGCCAUGGACCACCAUAAGAACCCCACGCGCACCCUGGACGUGGCCCUGCUGAUGGGUGCUGCCCUGGGUCAGUAUGCCAUCUCCUACUACUCCAUCGUGGCCGUGGUGGCGGGCACACCCCAGGACCUGCUGGCAGGGCUCGACCUCACCCAUGCGCUGCUCAUGAUUGCCCAGCAUACCUUCCAGAACAUGUUUAUCAUCGAGAGCCUUCACCGAGGACCGCCCGGGGCUGAGCCUCACAGUACCUCCCCCAAGGAACCUUGCCAAAACCUCACCUUCACCAACCUGGAUGCCUUCCACACCUUGCCUGCCUGCCCACCUACCCCCAGGCUGGUUAGCCCCAGCCCCGCAGACCAGCGAGAAGCAGUGGCCAUCUCAGCCCCCAGAAGCCAAUGGAGACGCCGGUGCCUAAGAGACAUUUCUCUGUUUCUCCUGCUCUGCAAUGUCAUUCUGUGGAUCAUGCCUGCCUUUGGGGCCCGCCCUCACUUCAGCAACACAGUGGAGGUGGAUUUCUACGGUUACUCCCUCUGGGCAGCCAUUGUCAACAUCUGCCUUCCCUUCGGCAUCUUCUACCGCAUGCACGCCGUCUCCAGCCUGCUGGAGGUCUACGUGCUGUCCUGAGGCCUGCAA